AUGCUCAUGGGGCCCACGGUUCGCCAGGGAUCCAAUGUGGUCUUCUGUGCAGAAGCAUCUGAAGCGGAAAAGGGACAAGAGAUUCAGAGUGCAUUACAGGCUUCUGGGUGCCCAGGGACUGCCUGCUUCCAAGUCUGUGAUGUUCGCAAGGAGUCAGACAUUAAGAGGCUGAUUCAGGUCACUGUAGAAUGUUAUGGAUGCCUGGACUGUCUGGUGAACAACGCUGGAACUGCUUAUAAAGAAUCAACAGAUGACGUGACUUCCCGUGACUUAGAAAAUCUCAUGGAACUCAAUACCGUGAGCUAUUUGUUAUUAUCCAAGUAUGCACUGCCCUACUUACGGCAAACGAAAGGAAACAUCGUCAACGUGGGCAGCCUUCAUGGUAGUAUUGGGAUGAAGGAUAUACUGUCAGCUGUCACAACCAAGGGUGCUGUGAUUGCAAUGACCAAAGCCCUGGCCAUUGACGAGAGCAAAUACAGAGUACGAGUCAACAGCAUCUCACCAAGCCAGAUCUGGACUCCUAUGGUGGAAAGGGAAAUCAAUCGUUAUAAGAACCCAAACGCUGCAGCCCAGGAACUUGAAAGUUUUCAGCUCCUGGGACGUAUGGGGACCCCAGAAGAGGUGGCAUUGGGUAUUCUGUUCCUUGCCGCUGAUGGAACCUACUGCACUGGCCUUGAUCUUGUGCUCAGUGGUGGAGCUGAAGUUGGCUUUGGAAUAAAGUACCCGAGGGGUCCUGACACUUCCCCAACUGACCUUGGGAAUCUGAAGGACUCCUCCCCCUGCAAGCAAUAG